AUGAAAAUUAACUCAUCUUUCAACUCCAAAAACUACUACUCCAAUACAACGAACCAAAAUCCUGCAAAUAAGUCUAUCAAUUAUUAGACUAUAGCUGGAGGAGUAAAUCAGUAUCUAAAUGUGAGUACUGUUGCUGAUAAGCGUAGAACUAUGUCAAAUACCAGAGGGGUCCCUCCUCAGAGCUAUAACUUUAGUACUCUCCAGCAAGCACUUGAAUCUCCUAGAAUGAUCACAAGUAGUAAGAAUCAAAGGGUACUUAAAAACAACAGAAGUAAAGAUCUAGUCAAUCAAACAAUCUAGCCUUGCUACAAUAGAGAAGAGUUUCAGUCUAUUGCAGCGAACACUAACUUUAAUAAUCGGUAUGAUGAGCUUGAGAGGGCACUUUCUUAUAACAUACUCAAGACUCAUAAGACUAUAUAAUAAGUUGAGAAGGAAUGCGAGAUUAGAAUUUUACAAGAAAAAUAGCGAUUCAAAGACAAGGAAAAUGACAACAAGAUGAAAAUCAAACAGCUUGUUAGCAAGAUUGAAAGCGAAAAAGAUAAGAGACUAUUUGACUUGACUAACUAUACUGAACUCAAGAAAAAAAACCUUGAGCUUAGAAAAAGAAUAAGCGAGCUAAUAUUUGAAAAUAAUCAAGUUUAAAAUCAAAAUCAGCAAUUACUUCAGCAAGUUCAAGGCUAGUAAAGAAAUCAAGAGCAAUUUCAGUCCUAGUAUCAAUAGAUGCAGCAGUAGUUAUCUCAAAUAUAACAGAAAAUGACAAAGAAAAUACUUAAAAGAGAGACUAAAAUCGAUGAAAUGACUGAUCAAAAUGCAAAGGAGGUCAGGAAGCUAUAGAAAGAGCUAUAAAUAUUGUAACAAUAGAACAAAGAAAUUGAAUUUGAGUUAUAUUCCUACAAAAAAUAGGGUUAAGUCUCUAUGUAGGAUUAGACUAUUUAUGAGGAAAGGAUCAAAUAGCUUUUAUUAGACUUGGAAACACAAUCUAAGAAGUAUAUAAACGAGGUUAAUGGGCUUCAUGACUAUUACAGAUAGUUUGUGAAUCGAUCUAGUGAAUUAGAGGAGAAAAUAAGAAUAUACCAGUAGGAUUGUGAAAGUGCAGUUUCUAAUGAAAGGGAAAUUAGAAAGGAAAAUGUCAGAGUUAAACUUUAAAUUGAUGAACUAAUAAAGAAAGUAAAAAUACUCUAGAAAUAGUAAUAAGAGUAGCCGUCACCUUAGUAGUGUAAGAAAUGCAUAAACUUUUAGACUAUCAAUUACAGUCAGAAGUAAAAAAGACCUGAAAUUAUUCAGUAGAAAUAGGAGCCAGAUGAAGUUAGUGAAGUCAUUAAUUAAAAGAAUCACAAAAAAGCAAAUAAUUAGCAAGACUCAUAAUCACCAAAGCCAGAAUAUAAAAGGAGAAGAGAGGCUUCAUCCUAAUAAGAUUAAUAGAUUUUGUAACGACUAGUUGAUAAAAUUUAACAUGAUUCUGCUCUAUACAAUGGCCACAUUAGAAGAAAAUUCUCUCUCUAAAACAUUCUAUUUAAAGGUAAUAAACUGAUUAGCAAGAAUUAGAUGAUGGAUGAACUUUAAGACUAUGAUAACCUUAUUAAGGCAAUGGGAGCAUUAUUUUAUGCAAGUAAAAGAGCAUAAGAUUAGAUUCCAUGUAUAUUUUAGGCUUGGAAAGAGUUUUCUUUUGAACAAAGGGCAGGUAAGAUAAGAAACUUGCUUUCAGAGUCAUAGAUUCAUCAACCUAAAUAAGGCAAUAACAACCAAAUGAGUGGUACUCAGCAGCAUCUAAAUGACCUGGGAAGUCAAGGUAUGACUAUUUAAUAUGAUAAUAAUCAAUCAGAGGACUAUUAUGAGGAUAAUGAGGACUUCAAUGCAGCUGAAGAGGAGGAAUUCAUGAAAAUUUAAGAUUCUAAUCAGUCUUAUUCAAUUUUGCCAGCAAACAAUCUCAAAGCAGAGCAUUUGGGAAACAACAGCCAGUAUGAAGAUGGGGAGGAUGAAGAUAUUAGUAUUGACGAUGAUGAAGAUGAUGUUUAAGAACAAAAUGAGGAUGAGGAGAAGUAAAAACAAAGAUGGGAUUUCAAUGAAGAUGAUCCAGAAGUCUAAAAUGCAAAACUCCUAGAGAAGUAUGCAUAGAUGCAAGGAGCAAAUAUGCAAGAAAUGAUGGGAGGAAGCAUGCAAGAUGAGGAAAAUGAUUAACAAAUGAUAUUCGUUGAUGAAGACGGAAGAGAAAUAGAUCAUUAGACAGUUAUGAUGAUGAUGGGCUAAGAAGGGCUUAUCUAGGGUGAAGAUGGCAAACUAUACUAUGAGGGCUAUGAAGAAGAUGAUGAUGCUUAACAAGUUGAAGAACUUGAGGACGAGGUAUAUUAAGAUAUUAUCACUGCAGACGAUUAUAUCAACGAUGAUGAGGAAGAGAAGGCUAAAUUAAUACAAGAAAAAUAAAGAAAAAAGGAAAAAAUACUGUAUCAGCCAAGUACUUCUAAUGAAGGGAGUGCUCAAAGAAAAGCUGGCAAAAAGGUUUAACAACUAGCUUAUUAUGAGGAGAUGGAUGAAGAUGGAAACUUGUACUUGUAUGAGAAGAGAUGA